CUGUCCGCGGCCAUGGCAACAUCACUGGGUGACGGAAUGUGGACCAGCCGAAUGUAAACGCGCCAAUAGUAAACACUCAUGGACUUCCUUCAAUCAACAACAACAAUCAAACAAGCACCUUUGAUGAUGCUGUAAACUCAGGCUGCAUUGAAGUGCUAAAGAUCAUUCUGUUAAGAUUCCGUUCACAUCAUGAAUUUAACAGAGAUUUAUGACAAUGCUAAGAAAGGAAGAGAAUAUGCAUUAUUGGGGAACUAUGACUCAUCCAUGGUUUACUAUCAAGGUGUUAUACAACAGAUUCAUAAGCACUGCCAGUCCCUCAGAGAUCCUGCCCUCAAAGUCAAAUGGCAGCAAGUUCGGCAGGAGCUGGCAGAGGAAUAUGAGCAGGUGAAACGUAUCGUAAACACCCUGGAGAGUUUUAAGUUGGACAAAUCGGUUGAUUUCCCCAACCCUCAGCCUGAAGAGAGCCCAAGGGACCCUGAUGUCUGGCCUCCCCCGACCCCAGCUGAGCACAGAGCACCUGCCCAGAUGAAGAAGCCAAUCCCUUUCUCAAAACCCCAGAGGAAAGAGUCACCUGGAAUGCAGCAUCGUGGGCCUGUGGGGAGGGGUCAGCCAAACGUCAAAUCAGAUAGGCCGAACACCCGUGAUGGACGUGGAAAUAAAGCUAAAGAUGAAAAAAGUAAGAAGAAUGCCCAAGAAGGUGCUGGUGCUGGUGAUGGGGAACAGAGGAAGUUUGAUGGCACAGGCUAUGACGUUGAUCUGGUGGAUGCACUGGAGAGGGAUAUUGUGUUUAGGAAUCCCAAUAUUCACUGGGAUGACAUAGCGGAUUUGGAAGAUGCCAAGAAGCUGCUGAGAGAGGCUGUGGUCCUGCCCAUGUGGAUGCCAGACUUCUUCAAGGGGAUCCGCCGCCCAUGGAAGGGGGUGCUGAUGGUGGGGCCUCCAGGCACAGGUAAGACCAUGUUGGCCAAAGCCGUUGCCACAGAAUGUGGCACAACCUUCUUCAAUGUGUCGUCCUCCACACUCACCUCAAAGUACAGAGGAGAGUCAGAGAAACUAGUGCGGCUGCUCUUUGAAAUGGCUCGUUUUUAUGCCCCCACAACAAUAUUUAUUGAUGAGAUUGACUCUGUUUGUGGGAGGCGGGGCACAUCAGAUGAACAUGAAGCCAGUCGCAGAGUGAAAUCAGAAUUACUGGUGCAGAUGGACGGAGUAGGAGGUGCUCAAGAGAGUGACGAUCCCUCUAAAAUGGUAAUGGUCCUGGCUGCCACCAACUUACCCUGGGACAUCGAUGAGGCUCUAAGGAGAAGACUGGAAAAGAGAAUCUACAUUCCACUACCCACUGCUAUAGGACGGGCAGAACUGUUAAAGAUCAACCUAAGGGAAGUUGACGUGGCUCCUGAUGUUGAUCUCACCCUCAUUGCUGAAAAAAUCGAGGGUUAUUCAGGAGCUGACAUCACCAACGUCUGCAGAGAUGCAUCAAUGAUGGCGAUGAGACGGAGGAUCCAGGGCCUCACUCCAGAAGAGAUCAGGGCUCUUUCUAAAGAUGAGCUGCAGAUGCCAGUCACAAUGGAGGACUUUGAGCUUGCACUCAAAAAGAUCUCAAAAUCCGUCUCUGCAGCUGACCUGGAGAAAUACGAGUCCUGGAUGUCUGAGUUUGGAUCUGUUUGAAGAGAAACAACACUAUGUGAAUGUAGAAAAAUUCACAAUUAAAAUGCUACACUGUGAACCGAUACUUGAAAAUUACAUGGAUUUAUAUCUCAAGACAUUUGAAUAUAUAAAGAUGCUACUAAAAAACUGUUGUCAAACCAGUGUCCUGGACCAAGAAGCAGAGUCGCACCUUGAAAUGUCAAAAAUGCACUACCUGUCUGGCACCAUUCACUGGUUUCUGUCUGUGGUAUGACACUGAGUCAAAUUUAUUUGUUAUUUCUACAGCUCGGUUUCAAGUUAUUUCUAAUUUGGUUUACUGUUAACACAAAUGGAAUGAGUUGCUAAUGACAUAUUUUAACUUUUGAGAGUCAGAGCUGUGAAAACGAUACUUGACCAGGGAGAACAGCAUUAUCCUGGCAUUGUACUGUAUGUUUUUUAAUGUUGGAUAGUGUGUAGAGACUCAUAUUCUGUGUUGUUUUAUCCGUUUUACCUAUGAUAUUGCAUGACAUUUAUAGUCAUCAUAAUAAAAUAAACAUUCAUUCUCUUCCUGUUCAAUGUUGUUGUGUAUGGCCAGAAACCUGAAGGUUAAGUCAAUAUGAAAGGGCGUUCACAAUCUAUUUUACUUCUGUAAUAUGUCAGAAUGAAACCGAGUAAUGAGGGAAAACUUAGAGGAGGACUUUAUGUAUUGGGAUUUGAUUGGAUAAUGAAAUGUGGGUGUUACAUACCAGGAUGGUGCCAGGUGGUUGGAAGGAAGGAGUUGAAAAAUAAGAGGGCAUGGAGACAUCAGCCGAUAAGGAAAGUAGUUUCAGAGGUGGAACAAAUUAUUACAGUGUCAACUGAACCAGUUAUUAAUAUAGUGACCAGAUCUGGAAACAUGAUGUUUAAUGUAGUUGUUCUCUUGUUCUGUACAAUGACAGAAAAGUGUGACUCAGUCUUCAGGGGGAGAAUGGAGAGGAAGUAUGACUCUGAUAUUGUGGGUUCUGUACUGUGAGUGUGGGCUGUGUGUGGAGUUGGCCUUUAAAAGCCAUGCUUAGCGAUUUAUCUUUUUCUGAACAUCUAGUUCUGAGUUAAUACAGCUACUGUCACAAUGAGUUGUCAGCCUAAAGGAAGAAGUCGGUGCAUGAUUGUUUCAAAAUUAUUAACUCUCAAAAUUUCAUCAAAAGUUAGCAUCAUUCAUCACAGCAUGAAAAAAGUGUGAACAUCUUUCUAAUGCUCGAAAUACCCCUCAUCCAUCUACUUAGACUGAGAGUAUAUUGUCUUGUUAUGAUCACAUUAUUUAUCAAACCGUACACUUAAGAGUCUGUGUGAACCCAGAUGGAUGUGGCACAGUGAGUGUAACCAAAGAGAGUGUGAAUGAAUCAUAUACAUGGACAACAGUCCGGCCGGCUGACAAGAAGGCCUGUGAUGGCAUGACGUGGGACUGAAGUAGAAAUCAGGGAGAUUGGGAAGGACUUGUCCUCUUUCGUGGCUCUUUAAAGGUAAAACUACACAACUCAGAUGCUCAUGAGUGUUUAUUUCAACUGAGCAUGUUGUUCAUGUAAAAAAUUACAUUUGAUCCAAAAAUAAAACAAUGCACUUCAAAAAUUUAAUAAACGGAGGAUUCAUAUUCUCAGCAUAUCUCAUCAGGACCUUAAUUAUAUUAGGCUGAUAGUCACGAAACCAGCCAAGAAGAUGACUGGCUCAUAAUUCAGCAAAAU